UGAGGGGUCCGUGCGCUGUGUUUUGUUUCGCGUCUUCCCCUCACCACAACCAGCACCGAAUGCGCCGGCGAGCACUACACAAACCAUCUCUCCUUUUGGUGCCGACACAAUGGCGACGUCGCAGCAGGUUCACAAUGCGUUGCUGACCGAACACUUCCGCUACACACCACUCACCUUACUCGACGACAUCAUCAACACCGUCAACGAACUCGUCUACCGCGCCGUCAGCGCCAUCGAAGAAGGCCUAAACAACGUAAAACCAGAAGCACUCGGCUUCACCCUCUCCCCCUCCCAAGCAGCAGCAACGCUCCCAAGCGAAGAAGCACGACAAGAUGCCCUCUACCACCUCAAAGAAAGCGAAAUCGGCAAUGGCAUCGUCCAACUCGAGAGUCUCCUCAACGCAACCGUCGAUCGCGACUUUGACAAAUUCGAAAUCUACACGUUGCGGAACAUCAUGGCGAUUGGGCAUGAGGAUGAAGCGAGGGAUCUGGCGCAGUGGGUGCGGUUGGAGCACUAUAAGCAGCUUGAUCUGGCGGCGGUGGAGAAUGUACCGAGUCCGGAAGAGGUGCAGUUACAGCGGAGGAAGUUGCAGGAAACGAGGAAGUUGAACGCUAUGCUGAAGGCGGAGGAAGCGAAGAAUGCGGCGGUGUUGGAGCAGCUGGGCGGUCUGACGGGUGGGAGUGGGGAUGCUUCACAGUCGCCUUUUGCCUUCCUCACGGAGUCGGCGCGGAACGGGCAGCCGAUGGAGCAGAGUGUGCAGUAUGCGCUCACUCAGCUGCCUGCUUUGCGUGACCUGCUCGCUCAGCUGCAGCAGUCCGUGCAGACGCUGCCGAAUGCGAGGCAGCACAUCGAAGAUCCAGAGUCCAAAGCGGCAAGGCGGAGACAGUACCUCGACACGCAGGCUAAAAAGGCUAUGGUGCGCAGAGGCGUCGAACCUACUGCGUCGGAGAGUGCGGACGUGUCUGCGGGGCGGAAGAUCGGACGUGACGAGGUGGAAGGUAUGGAGGCGGUGGUGCAGGCGUUGGGAGGCGCGCCGGCUACGCGACAUGCUAUGGCAGACGACGAAUGAUGCUAAUGACAAGACCCUAGCGAGGAGUCCGGAGUGUCUUCAUCUCUUUUCCCAUAAGGGUAGCGUUUGCCAGCCACUAAGCUACGGCUAGGAAGUUCCUCAGAGCAGUUAUGUACAACCCAUCCCCACCCCACAAGCGCACACCAACCUCCCACGCAAGAGACAAAACCACC